AUGGCAAGCGACAAGCGCCCGAUCCUCUCCGGCAAGCGCGCGCGCAGCCGCAGGAAACGCGCGGCGCUGCGGGCCGCCAACCGCGCCACCAUGUCGCCCACGCCUGAGUGCGACAGCGACGAGGACGCCAAGCGCAAGCUCCAGGAGCGCAGAGACUCCAGCAGGAGCAGCAGCAGUGGCAAGGCCACCUCGCAGAGCGAGACCGAGGACGACGGUCUCGUGUUCGUGUGCCGCCCCACGAUGCCCGACUUCUGCUCCGUCUUCCUGCCGCGAGGCGAGGAGCCGGCCCACAGCCGCGCGCGCAAGCUGCAGCUGCAGCCGUCGGACUGCAAGACGUUCACGGUGCACAUCCCGACCUUCCAGGAGACGUGCGAGGGGUUUGUCACUUACACGCUGGAACUGACGACGUGCGACCAGCCGCACCACACUUUCCAGCUCGAGCGCCGCUUCUCCGAGUUCGUGGCGUGCGCGGCGGAGGUCAACGCGCAGCUCGCGAGUGGCUUUGGAGUGCGCUGCUGCGCCGAGCUGGAAGAUGACGAAGAGAGCAAGGACGCAGACGACGCCUUCCAGUGGGAGCUGCCGGCCAAGACGUGGUUCCGCGUGACCCAGCACAGCGCUCUAGAAGAGCGGCAUGCACAACUCGAGCGGUCGCUGGAGACGCUGCUGCUGCAGCGAAAUCGUCGCAUCUGCAACCUGCCCGUGCUGCGCGACUUCCUCAUGCUCGACAUCUUUGGCGUGCAGGUGGCGGAGCAGAAGAACCUCGAAGCGGCGGCCCAGUUCGAGUGA